AUGGCUUCUUCGUCAUCGUUACUUGAUCAUUCAUUUACUACAGCAUCUUCUUCUAAUCCUUUGAGUUCUAUUCAAGCUUUAGGUGAAAUUCCUUUUCUAAAACCUGCUCAUUCUAUCUCUUCUUCCACUGCUACUAUUGAUGGCAUAUCUAUUGAAACAACUAAAAAUUCGUUUCCUGUCUUUGAUCACACUGAUAAUUUACGUAUUUUUCAAGGGAAAAAGAUAGUUUUCUUUGGAGAUAGUGCUAUACGAUUACUCUAUCGUGAUUUAUCAAAAUUAUUACACAAAAACAAAUUCAUGUCUGAGAUUGAACUCAGUAAACAACGUUACGAUCAUCCACUAUAUGUCAAUGAAAUUUCAAUUGAAACAAAUGGUCUUGCUGGAAUAAGUGAUCGUAUUGAUUGUCGUCGUUUUAUUUGUAAAGAAUCAUCGACUAUAUUAUAUUUGAUUUAUUUGGAAACAAUUUUGAAUGCAGAAAAUUCUUUAACUGUUGAAUGGUUACAACAAAUUGUGGAAUAUCAAUCAAUUGAUAUUCUUAUAGUAUCAUGUGCAUAUCUCGAUUUAUCAUUUCGUCAAUUAGAAACUUUAAAUAAAGAUUAUGAUACAACUUUACAAAGUUUUAUACCUCAAUUGUCAAUUGUCUUAUCAAAAUUAAAUUCAGCUUUUUGUGAUCAUAAACAAUAUGAAUCCAUUAAGAUAUGGAUAUCACCUAUUCCGUACAAAAUUAAUGAUAUUAAACAAUAUCAACAAUAUACUCAACUUCUUGAUAUAUGUCUAUAUAUUACGAAUCAAUUUAAAUUCAAUCAAUUAAGACACAUGGAUCCAUGGAUUCAUUGUUAUAAAAGACUUUAUGUUAAAGAUUCGUAUAAUAUUUCAUCAGAAGGAAUUCGUCUAUUAACAAAUCAAAUAAUUGAAAUUGUUGAAGAGAAACAACUUCGUCCAUUAUAUCGAGAUCUUUUACAGACAACUCGUGUACCUAUUGUUAUUUCUCUAACAUCAAUUCCAAUGAUAAACUCAACAGUUCCUAUUCAAGUAGAUAUAGAAGAUGAAAAUCGACAAAUUAUGAUGGAAAAAAGAAGAGCUCAAUUUGAAAUCACGAAAAGAGAAGGAAGAAAAAGACGUCGAGCGAAUAAAAAACAGGAACAAAAAAAAAUGAAAAAUAAAAUACCUUCAUGA